UCGACUGAGAAGUUUUGUAUUUGUCACUUCAGCUCCGGUUCCAACUGUCGCGUAGUCCAAAUUAGGUAGCGACAACGACUAUGUUAUAAGAAGAUAUGGGCUACCCAGACGCUCACUGGAAGGACUUUGAAAGAUGACGGCUUGCCAGUGUAUUCGCUCACCACAAAAGAGGUCAUAAUGAGGGGCUGCCUUUCCCAGUACUCAGGUUUUUUUUUUUUUUUUUAUCCCAUUCUGAGGUCUGUGACAACUCUACUUGAAAAAUAUGGCAGUUUGAAGUAAAAGAAAAUGGUUUUAAAUGAAGUUGAUACCAUGGAGCAAGAAACAGUUCAGGUUAAGGAAGAUAGAUCAGAAUGGGAGUGUUCCCGCCUCCGCAUUAAGCAAGAGGAUUGUAAAUGGUGGACUUCAGAUGCACAAAUCAACGCUUUUGAGCAAGUAGCAGUGUGCAGUAAAGGACAAGGUUCUGAACAUGCAUUGGUCGGCGUUAACGUGAAAAAUGUUGAAACUGUAAAUAGAGUCAAAGAAGAUGAAGCUUCAGAAAACCACUCUAGUUUUGAGACGAGUCCAGCCGUGAAACACGAGGCAGAAGCAGAUUGGGAGUCCUUUCAGCUGGAAACGUAUUCUCCUUGCUGGCAUUCUGUCCAUGUGAAAACUGAAGAACCCAAGUGUGACGACAGCAUCGGCAAAGCAAGAUACAGUGGCGAGGAAGAGAAACAAGUCUCAUUAAAUGGUCCGGCAGAAAAGUGUUUACAAGAAAAUAGCAGCUUCUCUCAGCCAUCUGUUACUCGGGACUCUGAAAAUGACAAUGCAGCAUCUUUGCCAAGUAGCGCUAGACGUUCAGUUGACGCAGUUCCACAGAAGUCCAAGAGAACCUACAAAGGGGAGAAGCCAUAUCGCUGCUCGGAGUGUGGGAAACAGUUCUCACUCAGAAGGAGUCUUCAGGUACAUUUGAGGUUUCACAGUGGAGGGAAGCUGCCGUGUUGCUCUGAAUGUGGGAAACUCUUCUCACGCCCAAGUAAUCUCUUGAUGCAUAUGAGAAUACACACUGGAGAAAAGCCACACUGCUGUUCUGAAUGUGGAAAGCGAUUUUCACACCCAAGCAAUCUUCAGACCCACAUGAGAGUUCACACAGGAGAGAAGCCUCAUUGUUGCCCUGAAUGUGGCAAGCAGUUUUCACAAAUAAGUAGUCUUCAGAAACACAUACAAAUUCACACGGGGGAAAAACCACAUGGAUGUAGCGAAUGUGGUAGGCAGUUCUCACGCAUCAGCAUUCUUGAGACUCACAUGAGGAUUCACACAGGGGAAAAGCCACAUUACUGUACCGAAUGUGGGAAGCAAUUCUCACAAAAAAGUUACAUCCGGGCGCACAUGCGAUCUCACACUGGGGAGAAACCACACCGCUGUGCCGAGUGUGGCAAACGGUUUUCCUUCAUAAGCAGUCUCCAGGCGCACAUGAGAAUUCACACGGGGGAGAAGCCACAUGGCUGUCCGGAAUGUUCCAGACAAUUCACACAAUUGGGCAGCCUGCAGAGACACAAGAAAGUUCACGCUAAAAAGGGGCAGCAUUGCUGCUCUGAAUGUGGUAAACAAUUUCACCAACUCCGCCAUCUUGAAGCUCACAUGAAAAUUCACAUUGGCAAGAAGGAGAACUCCUUUUUGGCCAGGGUGAAGGGAGUAUCUGUCAUCAAACAAGAAGACAGCCGCAUAUAUGGAACACAAAUGGCCUUAAAUGAAGUGGAUGGUGUGGAGCAAAAAACGGUUCAGGUCAAAGAAGAUGAUGCUGAAUGGGAGUCCUCCUGUGGUACCCAAAAGGGCCUCUGCAUAAAGCAAGAGGAUUGUGAAUGGUGGGCUGCGGAUACUAAAGUCAACCGUCUUGAUCAAGAAGUCGUCUGUGUUAAAGGAGAGGAUUCUGAACAUGUGCCGGUCAACUUUAACCCUGAAACUUUAAACAGUCUUAAAGAAGAAGAAGAUUCAGAAAACCCUUCUGACUCAGAGACGAGUCCGGUUGUGAAACACGAGGCAGGAGCGGAUUGUGAGUCACCUCAGAUGAGGGCGCGUUCUCCGCAGUGGCGCUCUGUCCACGUCGAACCUGAAGAACGCGCGUGUGACGACAGCAGAAGGAAGGCAGGAUACAGCAGGGAAGAAGAGAAAGAAUUCUCAUCCAACAAUCGGGCAGAAAAGUCACUAGAGCUGAGGAGCCCUAAACCACUUGAACAGUUUCUGACGUUAUCUUCAUUGACACUGUUUACAUGUUUACAGGACAAUAAUAGCUUCUCCCAGUCAUCUGUUAGUCAGGAUUGUCAUUGUUCUGAAAACAAGACCACAGGAUCUCCGCUGAGCACCAAUAGACAUUCAAGUGUCACCUUUGCUUGGACGCCCAGAAGACCCCACAAGGGGGAGAAGCCAUAUCUCUGCCAGGAGUGUGGGAAACAGUUCUCCCACAGCAGGAGUCUCCAGAUACAUAGAAGACUUCACACAGGAGAGAAGCUCCCUUGUUGUGUUAAUUGUGGGAAACUCUUCUCCCAUCCAAGCAGUCUUUUGACACACAUGAGAAUACACACAGGAGAGAAACCACAUUGCUGUUCUGAUUGUGGUAAGCAGUUCUUCCAUGUUGGCAAUCUUCUAACUCACAGAAGAAUUCACACAGGGGAGAAACCUCAUUGCUGUUCUGAAUGUGGAAAGAGAUUCACACACCCCAGCAGUCUUCAGACACACAUGAGAAUUCACACAGGAGAGAAGCCACAUUGCUGUCCUGAAUGUGGCAAGCAGUUCUCCCAAAUCAGCAGUCUUCAGACGCACAAGAGAAUUCACACAGGAGAGAAGCCCCAUUCAUGCAGUGACUGUGGCAAACAAUUUUCACAAAUAAGCAAUCUUCAGACACACAUGAGAAUUCACACCGGGAUAAAACCACAUGGAUGUGCUGAAUGUGGCAAGCAGUUUUCACGUAUUAGCAGUCUGGAGAUGCAUAUGAGAAUUCACACUGGGGAGAAGCCCCAUUGCUGUACUGAAUGUGGGAAACAAUUCUCACAAAUAAGUAAUCUUCAGACACACAUGCGAACUCACACUGGGGAGAAGCCACACUGCUGUACCGAAUGUGGCAAACAGUUCUCUCGCAUAAGCAGCCUCCAGACACACAUGAGGAUUCACACAGGUGAGAAGCCACAUGGCUGUCCGGAAUGUUCCAAACAAUUCACACAAAUAGGCAGUCUGCAGAGACACAUGACAAUUCACACUGGGGAGAAGCCGCACUAUUGUUCAGAGUGUGGCAAACAGUUCUCAUGUGUGAGCAGCCUUCAGAGACACAAGAAAGUUCACAUUAAAAAGAAGCAGCAUUGCUGCUGUGAAUGCGGCAAACAGUUCUACCAACUCCGCCAUCUUGAAGCACACACCAAAAUUCACUUUGGACAGAAGGAGAACUGAAGCCUUAUUGAAUUGGAUUCAUUUAAAUAUACAUUGAAUUGAAUUAUUAAUGCAAUAGCUUUGAAUGUUCCAGAAUAGUUACAUAAAAACGACAAAACUCUUAAAUGGUAUUUCUGGUAUACAGCAUACUGCAAAAUGAAGAAUGGUGAAGGAUUAGGGGCUGGUGUAUAACACAAAAGGCUCCACUGGAAAUUUGACAACACCUUUCUUAAGCCUGAAAGACAAUGGUAUUGUGUUCAAGGAACAAGUAACCAAAAGCAAUCUGUUUUGAAUGAUGUGAAACAUACAUCUUCCUACAGGCAGAAAACAAGAAAGAGUUGUCAAGGAAAACAUUUAAAGGUUCCAUCAUGGAUCUGUCACUCUGCAGAACAGAUAAAAAAAUCGAAAAGAGGACAAAUAGUGACAGAGCAGGAGCACAGAAAUGGUUUGUCCAUCAGUUAGAAGGUUUGGAGACAUGUCAAGAAAGUAUAAAAUCAGACAAGUAAGCCGGACCACGGCCAUUUAAUACUUUAUAUGUUAAAAGGAGGAUUUUGAAAUCUUCCCUAAACUU